AUGGACAGAUCUGAGUCAACAGAAGCACUUUUCCAAGUCUUGGGGUCUCAAAAGCAAAGAAUGAAGUCUUAUGAGCAGUCAAUCAGAGACUCGAACAAAUCAAUUGAAAACUAUGUAAUUGAACAAGUAAAGCACAAGCGAGAAAUCCAAGAAUCAGUUGCAAGAAAUCCUUUUAAGUUGCAUGGAGAAGCUGGUGAAACAGUCUCCAGAAUCUUAAACCUUCUAGACUGAUGGAAAACCAAUCAGCAAGAAGAGCAGAAAGAGCUUCUAUCUGAUGUCGAAAUAAAUUUGCAAGAAGCUGACGAAAUCCUGAACAAACUAAAAGACGAAGUCAACUCCAGGAAAAUUUAUGGAGGUUCUAAAGUGCCUUCCAGAAUAAAAAAUAAGCUGAAAGAGAUGAAUCAGAAAGCUAGACAAAAAAGCGUCAAUAAAAUUCCAUAA